ACGUGACACGCGGGAGGCCAGAACGAAACAAUAACAAAUGCUUCCGUCGCGCUGUGAUGACGUCAUAGCCUUGGAGGUAUGGAGGCGGCAACAUGAAUAAAGGCUGGUUAGAGCUGGAAAGCGAUCCAGGACUUUUUACACUGCUGGUUGAAGAUUUUGGUGUGAAAGGGGUGCAGGUUGAAGAGAUCUAUGAUCUUCAGAGCAAGUGCCCAGGGCCAGUGUAUGGCUUUAUCUUUCUAUUUAAAUGGAUCGAAGAGAGAAGGUCACGCCGGAAAGUUUCCACUCUACUGGACGACACGUCCGUCAUGGAAGAUGAAGUUGUCAACAACAUGUUCUUUGCCCAUCAGCUGAUCCCUAAUUCAUGUGCUACUCACGCCCUACUGAGUGUGUUACUGAACUGUAGUGGGGUUCAUCUGGGGCCCACACUGAGCCGGAUCAAGGAAUUCACCAAAGGAUUCAGCCCAGAGAGUAAAGGUUAUGCAAUUGGGAAUGCUCCAGAACUGGCAAAAGCUCACAACAGCCAUGCCAGACCAGAGCCCCGCCACCUGCCUGAGAAGCAGAAUGGGAUCAGUGCUGUUCGGACCAUGGAAGCGUUUCACUUUGUCAGUUAUGUUCCUAUUAAAGGACGACUUUUUGAGCUUGAUGGGCUAAAAGUCUACCCUAUUGACCAUGGUCCCUGGGCAGAGGAUGAAGAAUGGACAGACAAGGCACGCAGAGUCAUCAUGGAGAGGAUCGGGCUAGCUACAGCAGGGGAGCCAUAUCAUGACAUUCGGUUUAACCUGAUGGCGGUGGUACCAGAUCGAAGGCUAAAAUAUGAGAGCAAACUUAACAUUUUAAAGAUGAACAGACAGACUGUGCUGGAAGCAUUGCAACAGUUGAUAAGAGUAACUCAGCCAGAACUGAUUCAGGCCCAGAAGCCUACUGACAGUCUGAACACAGAAGAAACCAAGAGUCCUGCUUUAAAGGGUCCAGUAUCCCAGGAGAGCCACCGGGCGCACCCUGCAUCACACAGGAGUGCCACAGGUACAGAACCAGCAGGGGCCCUCCUCCGAGGUCCUGUUAUGUCUGCUUAUAGUAAAUCCAACCCCCUACCCCAGAACGGAGGUAAUGUACCUGUUCCAGCUUCACGACUGCCAGCCUUCCUUGAUAACCAUAACUAUGCCAAGUCACCUAUGCAGGAAGAGGAAGACUUGGCUGCAGGGGUGGGUAGGUCACGGGGUGUCCCUCCACCGGCUCCUGAUACAGAUGAAGAGGAAGAAGAGGAAACUAAGAAUGUUAGAAGAACCCUUACACCGCCAGGAUUCAAGAGAAGAAGUUCAGAGUCUUUGCCUCCACCCCCAGGGCCUGAACCUGGUGUUUUGGCAGAGAAACUAAAAGAGACACAGAGGGAAUUGUGCUCCCCCCUUUCCAUAAAAACAGGAGCCCCUACUGCUCCCCACUCUCAGCCUUCCCCUACUCCAAGCAAUGAGAGCACAGACACUGCCUCAGAAAUUGGCAGUGCUUUUAACUCUCCGCUUCGUUCUCCUCUAAGAUCUGCCAACCCAACCCGUCCCUCCAGUCCUGUCACCUCUCAUCUGUCCAAAGUUCUCUUUGGUGAGGAAGAACCACUAUCGCGCCUCGAUUGUGUGCGAUAUAACAGAGCAGUGAGGGAACUGGGACCACAUAUCAGCACUGGGAUUCUGCAUUUGAGCAAGGAUGGAUACCUGUGCCCUCUUAGCAGGCUAGGUGGAAAGGGACCUACUGAUGAUACUUUCACUUCCGCCAAUUCAGACACGGGUAAAGUAUCCCCCAAGAACCACAAAGUAGAGGAGCCAAGAGAGAGUUCCGAGCCAGACUCAGAGCGUGGCAGAGUCACAGAAGCUCCACAAGGGGAAAAAUUUUCUCCAAAGGAGCUGCUAGCUUUGCUGAAGUGUGUUGAAGCUGAAAUCUCUGCAUCUGAAGCCUGUCUGCGGGAGGAACUUGAAAAACGCAAAAAAUUCAAGAUUGAUGACCAAAGACGGACUCAUAACUAUGAUGAAUUUAUCUGUGCAUUCAUCUCAAUGUUGGCUCAGGAAGGAAUGCUGGCAAGCUUGGUGGAGCAGAACAUCUCUGUUCGUAGACGUCAGGGGGUCAGCAUUGGCCGAUUGCACAAACAGAGGAAGCCAGACAGGCGCAAACGAUCCCGUCCUUACAAGGCCAAGAGACAAUAAACAACCCAAAGCUAUGGGUUAUGUGUCAUCAUCAAUAGGUUUGUGUAGAAAGAGCUGAUAGCUGUGCUGUUGAUAUUGCCAUUCCCAAGUUCUAAAAUCAUUGGCUUUUAAAAUUGUUGAAUAGUGAGUUGCUCUGUCACACCCAGUGUUUGGGUUUAUAUGUUUAGUGAUCUGACAUUUCUCAUAUGUAUACAAUGCCCUGUGUAUAUGAUGUACAUAGCCAGUUUUUUAUACCCCCUUAUAAAUACUUUGUUAUAUAAUUUCUGUAUAACAUUCAGUGGCUUUAGUUCAUGUCGCACAACACGUUUGUCUUUUAUUCAGUAUUACACAUAGGCCAGAAGUAUCGUCUCAUAUGAAGAUGAUGAUAUUUGUUUUCUGUAUUGGCUGUAGCCUUGAAGUGAAUCAUGUUAAAAAUAGGUUGCAACCCACUUUCAAUUAUUGUCUGAAUGUCACUAAAGGUUCAUAAAUGCUGUUACCCCAACAGCUCUUUCAUCAUGAAAUAAACAAUGAAGUAAUAA